GGCUGCCAGACCUCCUCCUCCAUGGCUCCCGCGGCACCUCCCAUCUCGGCACUGGCAGUGAGGCCGCCAGUGUAGCGUUAGAGCGCUCGCGAGGAGGCCGGCCAGGUACACACGGACGACUAAGGACCUGUUCUAAGCCAUGGCCAGCUCGAUGCGAAUCCGUGCGGUCCGUCUGCUUGAUAACCUUAUAAACCAAACGUUGGUGCUCUCUUCGCGGAGUGCGUCCCGGGCGUUAAGUGACAGCAGGAUACGAGGGGAUAACCCGGGAUGUCCUUCACCGUCCCUGCUGACCUCGGAAACGCGGUCCCGUGCGAGGGGGUACCACCGACGGCUUUGCUCGGCGGGGCGGGCGCUGCGGCAGGUGCAAGAACCGGGCCGCCAGACCACGCCCGCUUCAGCCACGCCACACCCCGCCACCCUCGCCGAAGAAGACCUCAGGCAUAUGUUCGACGAGAUAACGAAGGCGCUGGAGUCUCAGUUCGAACUUCAGGAGAUCGCCAAAUACUACUUCGACGGGCAGGGGAAGGCGGUGCGUCCCCUCAUCACCGUCCUCAUGUCCCGGGCCAUCAACACACACCUGCACGACGACGACAGACUGUUCAGCUCACAGCGGCAGGUGGCGAAGGUGGCGGAGAUGAUCCACACAGCUUCUUUAGUCCACGACGAUGUGCUGGACGCCUCCGACACCCGCCGCGGGAAGCCCUCCGUCAACUACCUUUACGGACAGCGAAAGGCGGUGAUGGCGGGCGACUAUAUCUUGUCCGUGGCGUCCACCAUGCUGGCCAGGAUCGGCAAUGAGGAGGUCAUCGUCGUUCUCUCGCAGGUUCUUGCUGACCUGGUGCAGGGGGAGUUCAUGCAGCUUGGCUCUAAAGAAAAUGAGAAUGAAAGGUUUGCCCAUUACCUCAAAAAGACCUUCAAGAAGACAGCCUCCCUACUAGCAUACAGCUGUAAAGCCGUGGCGGUGCUGUCCGGUGCUGAUGAGAACCUGCAGGAGGUGGCUUUCCAGUACGGCCGCAACGUGGGUAUUGCCUUCCAGCUGGUGGACGAUAUGCUGGACUUCGUGGCCUCGUCCAACAUCCUCGGGAAGCCCACAGCGGCAGACCUCAAGCUGGGCCUGGCCACGGCGCCGGUGCUCUUUGCAUGUGAAAAGUUCCCCGAGCUGAACCCAAUGAUCAUGCGGAGGUUCCAGGAGCCGGGCGACGUCCAGAAGGCCUUCGAGCUGGUGCACCAGAGCGACGGGCUGGAGCAGACGCAGUUCCUGGCGCGCCAGCACUGCCAGGAGGCCAUCAAGGUCAUCAGCACCCUCAAGCCCUCCGACGAGCAGAAGGCGCUCGUCACCAUAACGGACAAAGUGCUCAACCGCAUCAAAUAACACACACUUUGCCAUAGUGCAGGUGAGGGUGCUCUUCUUCACAAUACAUUUGCACAUAAGUACUUCUGGGCUGCAGGGCUCCGUGGUCAGUGGUGCCAGUGUUGUGGUGUGACGGGGUGAACACCGCUGGACUAUUUCUCUCAGAUCUCUGUCACAGCUUGAUACUUUUGGAAGGUUUGGAAAUUAAAAAAAAAAUUAAAUGAAUUUUUGUUACAACUGUAGAAAAUGUACAGCAUGAAAUUAGAUUAACAAUUUUAUUUUAUUUAUAUAUACUAUUAAAAAAUAAACAGACGUUUGUCUACCUGUACGUAAGAUAUUUAUCUCAACGUCAUUUAUGAAAGAAAAAUUGUACUUGUUCAUAAUUAUGAUGAACUGGUGAUGGGGUGAGGAGUGAAGUAAUCUGGCUUGUGGCGCUGCCCGAGGCACUUGGGUCUGUCACGAGGCUGGGUGCAGCAGCCGCCUGCAGUAUUAUUGCAGCCGUCACCCGUGGAUGCCAACCAAUGCUGCCGAUAUCGCUGUAAUUGGCUGAGGCCCGGCAGGCAGAGGAGACCAGUGUGCUCGCAAAACUUUGUUUUCCUUCAACAAAACUUGUUUUUCCAAUACUCUCACUACCUGCCUGGCCUCACAUUCUGUAGUUAUUUUGUAAGUAUUUUAGUGACAACGCUGUAAAUACUGUUUUGUUAUUUUGUAUGAUGUGACUGACAACAGUUACAGAUGUGUGCUAAUGUGUAAGGCUUGUUCACGUUUAAGUCACGGCCAGCGGUGGUGUGUGGGGGAGGCGCGCCGUGCCUUGGUGUGCUGCAGCCACAGCCUGGCGCUGGGGUGACGGCCUUGCCGCCACCACUCUUAAGUACACACAUCAAGCAGAGGCGCUGAACCCUGACAAGCAGCGACAACAACUGCUUCAUGAAGUUGAGGAAGGAAAAUAAAUACAGCAAAAUAUACAACUAAGUUAAAUAUAAAACUGGUUCUCUGCACCAUCAUCAAAAACAGGAACUGAAGUACCGUUCACAAAAUCUUUGGUAUCACGAUAAUUCAAGGUUAAAUCAUUAGACAUUCACGAUGGUCUAGUUUCUGGAAAGCUAUAGUGACAACAUGCUACCGUAUAUUGACGAAGGCUCCUUUUACUUUGGCAUAAAAAUUGCUUGCCAUUAUUUGUAUUGAGUGUGUACAAAACAUGUUAUACUCUCCAUGCAUGAAGCACGCCUGGACGCGUUGGUCUGAUUCACAAGGGAACACGUGCUUGGCUGCGAGUGUUGAGGACCCUCGUUGCUGUCCUGCGCCCCCACACCCCACACUGUUACUGGUACUCUCUGGUUGUUGCCAACACUGCCUUGUUUCAUGCAAAGUGUACAUAUGUAUAUUAGUGUACCGGUGAGAGGGAGGGUUGUAAGAUAUUUUUAAUUAUUGGCAAUAUUUUUUUCCUCAUUAUCGUUAAGUCUUUAAUCCUUCCAUUGCUCAAUUGAGUUUCCCGAUGUUCCGGCAUUUCAUUGAUUGUGGCAACAAGUUUAGAUUGUAUCUCUGUUUUGACGGCAGAGUUUAUUUUCUUAGAAACGCCUUUGUAGAGGUUGUGGGGGUAGUGCACAGUUUGCUGACUGCCACAGGGCUUGGCUGGCCGCGGGUGCCCAGACGCUGCUGCUGACCUGGUCUGGACUUCUAGGAAAGAUUUAAUGUUGGUCUUUUGAGAGAAAACAUGAUGAACUUAUUUUUCUGAAGAGACUCAAUGUUUGUAAAGAUGUAAAUGAAUAGUUUUAUAGAUGUAAAAAUGUGUAGUGCGUAAUAGUUGCUCUCACUCUGCAUGUAAAACUGGAACAAUAUAUUUUGAGAACUGUACAAAAAGAGGACCACUGAGAGACAUGAGCACAAAGUUGACUGAAGCCUUGCUUGGCUGCCACUCACCAGUGUGUGUGUGUGUGUGUGUGUGUGUGUGUGUGUGUGUGUGUGUGUGUGUGUGUGUGCAAGAGCUUCACACACUCAAAAUCAAAAUCGUGCAAGUGAUUCAAAUAACUUUAACUGUUGACUAACAUGGAUUGAUUAUUUCAACCUUCAAAGUGUCACGACUUGGAAAAAUGAGGUGUAUAUGUGAUUACAGUGAUGGCAGUGUGUCAUGUGUUUAGUGAGUGUUGUGUGUGUGGCUGAUUAAACUUGUGUGGCUUGGCUGUACAAGUGGGUCACAUCUCUCGCGUGUCUCCUUAUGUAUAUACAAGAUGUGAAAGGCCUGACAGACUUGCCUUGUGUGACUGACGUGCAGCAUCUUGUAACCUUCCAUGAACUACAAAUCUGCAGCCUCACCUCAGUGGGUUCCUGACAAGCCCACAGACAAGCACACUAGUUACAUCUCCCUCCAUCUUCGCCAGAGUUUUAAAAUGUUUGAUCUCGUGUGGGCCAGUAAGCAACAGGAGCAGAAGUAGCUGGCCGUGUGUUUUGCUUCAUCCAUCGCAGGGAGUUUGAUUUGCUUGAUUUAUAACCUCAGUUCAUCUCAUUUAUUCUGAUCCAGUAAUAGUUUGUCAUGACCCACAACAUCGCUUAGCUUCAUUGUACAUAAACAUUUUUCCAGCAAGUCUGUCACAGCGGACACCAAGCACUGCCUUCCAAGCUUUACCUAACAUCUCUUCACCACGUCGCUGAUUCUCAUAGAUAUACCUUGGUUGCUGAUGGAAAAAAAAGGAGAUUGUUGAUACUGAACUGAUGCGCUCCCCGGUGAUUCAAGAGUGAAAUAUUUUACUGCUAACACGCUAAAGACUUGUAUGAAAUGUAUAUUGUUGACAUGUGUACAGUUGCAAUAUGUAAAGAGUCUAUGUAGAGAAGCCUUUGUUAGUUAUGGAAACCAAUCACUGCCUUGACCUCAGCAUCCAUGUGUCUGAGGCCGGCCAGGCAAGCUCUGUGGUAUUUUGUGAACAUUUGUUAAUAAAGCUAUAUUCUUUUA